UAUGUAGUUUAUCAGGAUUCAGGAAUGACGCUCUCUUCUUCCUUCAUGGCAUUGCAUAACUCCAUGAGCGUGCGCUUGGGAACGACUUUCGGCCUUCGGGUACAGGCUCUUAUAAGAUAAAUUGUACAAUAGACGAAGAAGAAUUGUGAGUGGGUACUGGGAAUGCAAUGCAGCAAUUGAGAAUUUAAUCAAAGGGCUGAAUUGUGAGUGGCACAGUCCUGGGACCCAGUGACCAAACCAACGGCACGAAUUAUUUGUACAGGAUAGGAGGAUAACAACCUCCAUCUCCGUGCAUUAAACAUAACGGAUUCGGUAUUGAAUCCGUUCACAAAUUAUCAGAUAUGAAAUUGGUUGAUUGAUUACUCAAGUGAAGUGCUGCAGCCAGUCGAAAUGGCAUCCUUGUGCAAUUUAGCUACUACCACUUGCAGUUGCAGAAUAUCUUCGUCUUCCUCCGUCUUCCCCUCCAGAGCCUCUUAUCCUUUACUCCUUAGAAUGACAUCUCCAUUUCCUUCACGCCCCAAUGCUUCCAUUCGAAGUUCCAUCAAGUUCGAUAUUUCUUCUGGGUCGAUCACUGGCGAUUUCUCAUGGGACGAUGUCUUUUCUAUACCUCAAUCAGAUGCUGUCACGGAAAAAACCUCUUCUUAUCUACAAGGCUACUUCGAGAAAGUCCAAUUAUGCAACCGUGGUUCCGAAAGGCAACAUGAGUUCCUUCCAUUUGUCAUUGAGGACCAAAUUGUUGGAUUCAUUCACAAUGGAUUUGCUGAUCAAUUGAGGAUCUUCAGGGAUGUGUUCAUUUUACCUAAAGAUAAAUUAUACGGUUACCCCUUUGAUGAGUAUGUUUCAUUAGAUCCAACACUGAAGACGCCUGAGCAGAGGACCAGUGCGGUUGGGAAUGUAAUUAAAUGUUUGGGAGAAGAAUGGAUUCCAGGCAUAAGGAAUGAGCUAUAUCCUGUAAGAUCAUCAUUUGGUGCAUCCACUUUCUUGUUGUUAGAACGUGCCGCAGCUCCAUAUUUUGGAACAAAGGUAUAUGGAGUCCAAAUGAAUGGCUAUGUUGAGCAGAAUGGACAGAAACAUCUGUGGGUAGGCAAGAGAAGUCGGGUGAAAACCACUUAUCCUGGAAUGCUAGAUGAGCUUGCUGCUGGAGGACUGCCUCAUGGGAUUGAUUGUCGGGAGAAUCUUGUUAAAGAAUGUGAAGAGGAAGCAGGAAUACCCAGAUCCAUCUCCACUGCAGCCACAUCAGUUGGAGCUGUUUCCUAUAUGGACAUAGAUGGAUACAGAUACAAGAGAGAUGUUCUGUUUUGUUACGAUUUGAAUCUUCCUGCAAGUUUUGAACCAAAAAAUAAAGAUGGAGAAGUGGACAGCUUCAAGCUGAUUCCUGUCAAGCAAGCUGCAGAAGUUAUACGUCAGACACAGUUCUUCAAGCCAAAUUGUGCUCUUGUAAUCAUUGACUUCUUGUUUCGACAUGGGUACAUCAGCCCCGAAUCUCAUGGAUAUCUCAAUCUCCUACGAAGCUUAAGAGUUGGAGAUUGUUCAUGACAAUGCAGCCAGAUUACAAGAUCAGCCGUCCUAGUACCACCUGUAACUAGCAUUUUUACGUGCAGUCUCAGGUUUUAUUAAUAAUAAUUAAUCCGCUUAGAGUCACUGCGGUUAAACUUUAAGAUUGUACUGGUCAAUAAUGUCUUUUAAAACGUCAGCUUUAUAUCAUUUAAAACCUUCCAUAUUACAAUCAUUUGCCAGAGCUGCACAUGUAGGAUGACACCAUAUUCUGCCUAUUUGCUGACGUAUGUAAAAUCCGAUGUUUGUUGAAUAUAACGGAAGAGUGAGGCUUCCUCCUAAAUUAUUACACUUAA